AAGUCUGGUCCAGGUUGGGGUCAGUGUCUGGAGGAGGAGGGGCAAAGAGUCCAGGAGGUCAGGCACGGAGUGCAGCAAUAAUGACCUUGAAUGAGCCGUAAUAGCUAAUGUGGGAGUAUUUACCAGGCUCUGGAUCACUGCUUUCCAGGCAUGGUUUCUAGUCUGAUAAUCCAUUCAUUUAUUAAUAAUGUUGUUCACACCCAUGAACCCACUUCCCAACAGAGGAACUGAAUGACCAACAGUAACUUCCAGCUGCCCCGUGCUCCUCUGUCUGCUCCUCACACCAUGGCGACCACACUCCUGAAUCUUGGCCUGCCAUCCCUUUGCUUUUACUAAAGAGGGUUUUCCCACCUUUACGUAUUAUAUAGUUCUCAUUGUUUUCUACGUAUUAUGUAGUUUCUUGCAUCACAAGGGCACCGUGCUUUCCUGUAAACUCCCAGACUUGAUGUCUCGCUUAGAAUUGUGAGGCUAGAAUUUAUUGGCAUUGCUGUGGGCUCUCCCAUCCUCGAGGUAUGGACUGUGAGGACACUUGUCUGCAGUCACACAGCUGAGAUGGCACAGAGGGAACACUGAGCUCCAGCAUGGAAUGCCUUCAUCUCCAACGGCCUCUUGGGCUGAAUGGCCAGCAGUGUGGGGAUGACAAAAUCCUUUGACAAUUUAGUUAAGCUGUAGGCUCUAUCUCCUUCAAAAGUUCACAAAUAUUUUUGCAUAUGAUUUUCAGUGUUCUGAACCCCCUACAGUUCUUCCAUGGUCCUCCCUUCUUGUAUCAUCUUUGGAGGUAGGAAGGGAGAGAACGGGCUAGUGGGGAGUCAUGAUGGUACAGCUUGCCAAGGGUGGCCCGGCUCCCAGAUCUUUCUGGAGUCAGAGAGAGGUGGAUUUUGUGUUCUAGAUUUACCUCUGACUCAUUGGGUCUAAGUUCUUUCCUCUGAAAGUGAGAUGGUGAUAAGAGCGUGUGUUUCAUAACAUUGUUGAGAACUGGGUGGCUGGGAAUAUUCUAGGCAUUGAUGAUGUGACUUUGGACAGGGCAUACGAGACCAACAAAUAAGGAGAUGUGAGGUAGACAAGCUAUGAGUAAAAGAAAGCGGGGUGCUAUUUUAGAGAGCGAUGGAGCUACUUUCGAUUGAACGAUGAAGUAGAGGCUCAGUCCGUCUCGUUUUGUGAGCAGGGACCCUGAAAGAUGCAGGAGGAAGGCACCAGCAAGAGGCAGGAGCAAGCCCAGCAUGUCUGCAGGACCACAUGGAGACUGGAUCUGAGAGGAUCCGGGGAGGACAAGCGGAGGGGUCCUGGGGCCAUGGUGGAGAAUUCAGAUCUUAGUCUCAGCACAGUGGGAACACUUGGAGGAUUUGGAGCAGUUAGGGCUCCGGGAGAAAUACGGGGAUGUCUUCACGGUGUACCUGGGGCCAAGGCCCGUGGUCAUGCUGUGUGGGAUAGAAGCCAUACGGGAGGCCCUGGUGGACCAAGCUGAGGCCUUCUCCGGCCGGGGGAAAAUUGCUAUCGUUGAGCCCGUCUUCCAGGGCUAUGGUGUGGUCUUUGCCAACGGGGAACGCUGGAAGGCCCUUCGCCGAUUCUCUCUGGCCACAAUGAGGGACUUCGGGAUGGGGAAACGGAGUGUGGAGGAACGGAUUCAGGAGGAGGCUCAGUGUCUGGUGGAGGAACUACGGAAAACCCAAGGAGCCCUCCAGGACCCCACCUUGUUCUUCCACUCCAUGACCGCCAACAUCAUCUGUUCCAUUGUCUUUGGAAAACGCUUUGGCUACAAAGACCCUGAAUUCCUGCGGCUGCUGGACCUGUUCUACCAGUCCUUCUCCCUCAUCAGCUCCUUCUCCAGCCAGGUGUUCGAGCUUUUCCACAACGUCUUGAAGUACUUUCCUGGUGCCCACAGGCAAGUCUACGACAACCUGCAGGAAAUCAACGCCUUUAUUGGCCGCGUCGUGGAGAAGCACCGUGAAACCCUGGACCCCAGCUCCCCCCAGGACUUCAUCGAUGCCUACCUGAUUCGCAUGGACAAAGAGAAGGCUGACCCCAGCAGCGAGUUCCACCAGCAGAACCUCAUCCUCACGACACUCUCCCUCUUCUUCGCGGGCACGGAGACCACCAGCACCACGCUCCGCUAUGGAUUCCUGCUCAUGCUCAAAUACCCCCACAUCACAGAGAGAAUCCACAAGGAGAUUGACCAGGUGAUUGGCCCACACCGCCUUCCAUCCCUUGAUGACCGAGCCAAAAUGCCAUACACGGAUGCCGUCAUCCACGAGAUUCAAAGAUUUGGGGAUCUCCUCCCAAUUGGCGUGCCCCAUAUGGUCACCAAAGACACUUGCUUCAGAGGGUACAUCAUUCCCAAGGGCACUGAAGUAUUUCCCAUCCUGCACUCUGCUCUCAAUGAUCCACGUUACUUUGAAAAACCGGAUGUCUUCAACCCUGACCACUUUCUGGAUGCCAAGGGGGUAUUGAAGAAGAAUGAAGCUUUUAUCCCCUUCUCCAUAGGGAAGCGCAUCUGUCUUGGUGAAGGCGUUGCCCGUAUGGAAUUAUUCCUCUUUUUCACCACCAUUCUCCAGAACUUCUCCGUGGCCAGCCCUGUGGCCCCUGAAGACAUCGACCUCACACCCCGGGAGAUCGGUGUGGGCAAAGUGCCCCCUGUGUACCAGAUCAGCUUUCUGUCUCGUGAAGGGUGCUGAGGGAGGGGGGCAGUCAAAGAAUCCCAGGAUCAUGAAGUAUCCCACCUCUGCAGAGAACAGCUCCUUGCCUCUCUCUGGGUCUUCCUGUCACGAAGAGACCCAUAGCCAGCCAGCACCGUCCCCUCCUUGGUGCCACUGCCCUGGGAAAGUCCUCUCUGCCACCUCAUCUCAGCCCAUCAUUCUCCAGCUCUUGUAAAGACUCGUUGGAAGUGUUUUCUCUCCUUUGUUAACAGAGUUCUGGAUGUACUGCGUAUAUAAAAGCUGGGGGCUAGAGGGAAGACAUGGCUCCCUUCUACCUCCCAAGCCCCGGCUUCCUCCAGUGACUACUUCCUUCCUCAGAACUACCACCCGCUCCUAGCAACUGUUUGUGCUCCAUGAUCUGUGCGUACAUGAUCUCACUUGAAUCUUCCUUCCAGUAUUUCCAUGGGGGUGGAUGUGAUGAUCGCGUCCAUCUUACAGAUGAGUAAACAAAGGCCAGGCACUAGCAUCCGUUGUCCCAGGUUGUAUGGCUAGGAGUGGAAGAGCAAGAUUCACACUCCAUCUCCCUGGCUCUCAAACUCAAAUUCUUCAGCCGGUCCUGCCCAACUAACCCCCAAUAUAUUUUUAAAUUACGGUAAAAUUAACAUAACAUAAAAUAAAGUGUUUUAAAGUGUAUAA